GAAAUGAAGGGGCCGCUGGUAUAUUUGUGGAGUUUGGGUUCUACUGCGAACGAAUGAGGACCAUGUGUAAAGUUUUUUUCAUAAGCGUUGUCGCCUGUUUGGCAGUGGCUUUUGAAGCACAUGCUGCUCCACUCGGUCAAGAAGUCACUCCAGAGUCACCAAAUUUGACUCCACAGUCACCAAAUUUUAAAGCGUUGGCAGAAUCAAUUCGUAGAAAAGUUGUUGCGAGCAAAGGUGACGUCACAGCUAUGAAAGAUAAGACCCCUGAAACUGAUGAUCCGAAUCCAAUUGGAAAUUUGGAUAAGGCAGACUCACCGGUGUUAAUGGAAUCUGGUUCAUUGCCAGCAAAAUUGUUGAAGCAGUUGGGUUCCGGUAAAUUUCCAUAUCCUUCAGAAUUGAUAGCUGCAAGGAAAUCUGGUUCAGAACAAGAUAAAUCCGCUUUAGACAGCGCCAUUUUGGUAUGGAAACAAAAAAAAGAAGGUGAAUUUGGCAAAAUGAUGAAACCGAUUGCAGAGUUACGACGUAAUGUUGAAAACAUGCGAGACAAUCCAGCCGUUGCUUCCAAUGAGCCAAUACCAAACGGCGAAAAGAACCCUGCAGGGCCUUUAAAUGAAGCUGAUCAAACUGCUGAUCCUAAACAGAUUCAGGGUGGACCUGGCAGUAUUGGAGGUUCAGGUGACUCGCCGGCAAUUGAAUCUGAUUCAUUGCCAAAUCCAGCAUCUAUGUUACGGAGAGUGGCAAUGGGUCAAUUACCAGAUCCUUCAGUAUUCGCAGCUGCAAGGAAAUUUGGUUCAGAAAAGAGCAGAGCCGCUUUAGACAGCGCUUUAUCAAAAUGGAAACAAAAAAUGGCAGAUUCAGCGUCACGAGGAACAACUGAGCAAAAGCCAGGCGAUCCGACGGUUGCUUCUAAUUUUUCUCCUUCCGCUGAGCAACAAUCAAACGGUGAAAUUUCCGGCUAUAACCCAGGUUCACCCAUAGAGCUUUUGCAAAAAGUGGCGAAUUCUCCAGUUUCUUCAGGUAAAGACAAGUCGAUGGUGGUGGUUAUGCCCGAGAACUGGAGUCCUCCUGAGACAAGUGACCAGUCUGCACCACUGGGAGGUUAUAUGAGAGAACUUGCUAUGAAGAGCAUCGGCAAUAAAGCUUUGAAAGAAAAAGUCAUGAAACUAGGUUCGCCAUCAAAGGACAGGGCCGGAGACUCAAAUUUGAAGGGAGGUUCAGCAGUUCCUGUUAAAGAACUGUCUCAGGUUAACAAGGCAGUUGAUGCUGGUAGCAAAAUUAGAGUGGAUGAAAAUACCCCAGCCGGGUUGAACAAAGCUGCACCGAAGAAUCCCAGCUUGAAAAAAUCAUCCCAAUCCGACUCAAAGGGGUCAUCUAAUAUUUCCGAUUCUAAGAAAAAUCGCAGAGUGGCAAAAAAGAAGACAGAUUCGUCUGUCCCAUAGUUUGUAUGGCAGCAACAAGCAUCAGGAUUUCAUUAAACAAAAUUUGUAAAAAUCCCAAAUAAAGAAAGAUA